GGGGAAUAGAGCUGCCGAAAAAAGGCUUGCGCGGCCAGUCAUGUUAGUUUCAUUAUAAAAAAUGUGGCUUUAAAUAGAAAUGUGGCUAGUAAAAAGUUUAAUUAAGCUGGCCACAUUGUCUUCCCCUUUGGCGCAGAUCUCGAAAAGUCGCGACUUGCAAAUUGGCGAAAGGACAUAUUCAUCUUCUUUAGUAGUCUCACGAUAUCUUCGCUAUCACUCCUUCGCUCCCUUUCAAGAUAUCGAGAAUAAUACAGGUCAUUAAGGCGACUUUAAUAACACAAUAACUAUUAUUCUGACGAUAACAAUAAGAGAUCGCAUCAGGCAACAUGGAGAGUAUCGAGACGGAGCAAACCCCUUUCGCGGCUGUGACGGCCCAAACGUCGAAACUCCAGAGACAAUACCAAGCUCUUCUGGAUCAAGUGACUCCUCACGUUCUCUACCGAUGGGUUGGCACGGCCGUAUUUCUAGGCAUCUUCUUCCUCCGCGUGCUUCUGGCACAAGGCUGGUAUAUUGUUGCAUACGCACUCGGAAUUUACCUUCUCAAUCUGUUCCUCGCCUUCUUACAGCCUAAGUUUGACCCCUCGAACGAUAUGCUAGACAAUGAGAUGGAGGAUGGAUCUGCCGGCGGCCUCCCCACCAAGCAGGACGAGGAAUUUCGUCCGUUUAUUCGACGCCUUCCAGAGUUCAAGUUCUGGCACGAGGCAACACGCGCCAUCGCUAUCGGAUUUGUGUGCAGUUGGUUCGAGAUCUUCAACGUUCCGGUCUUCUGGCCCGUCUUGGUCAUGUACUGGAUCAUCCUCUUUGUUCUAACCAUGCGCAAGCAAAUCCAACACAUGAUCAAGUACCGAUACGUUCCCUUCUCGUUCGGCAAGGCAAAGUACGGCAAGAGCAGUACUUCGUAAACAUGGGGUUAUACUGGAACUCGGUCGCGUUGGGACUUAUUAGGACAGAACUCGGAUGAUACCGAGAACGUCUAAAACGAAACAUGUAGACAGUUUCGAUAACUUUUUAAUCACGAUGACUACUCGAUACGGUGAUGCGCAUUGGGGCUUCAAUAACUGUACAAAUUAUGAUACAGGUAUUUUGUAUGAGGUACUACAGGAGCAGGGCGGUUUGUACGGAGUAAUGCUAUGAGUCUCCAUUAUUAAUUGUUGGUUGGCCUUAAGGGAGAAAUUUCUCUAUAGGAAUGAGGAUGGGCGGCAGCAUGGAAGUGGUCGGGGCGCAGAAUUGCAUCUUCCAGGAUUGUUAUCAGUAGACAUUACACUAAAGAACAAUAUAAUGAGCCUUUUAAGACUA